CGCAGCACGUCUGACACAAAUUAGUGGCUCCAUGAAGUUUCAACUUAAACACUUGCCCUUCCAGUCUAUCGUCUUUUGGACUCUUAGCACCGAGCUUUGAGCCUGUUUAUCUCGGCGACAUUCACACUCUUCACUUCUGGACGCUGCAUUGGUAGCUGCUGACUGCCUCGCUCGAUGUCGCCCCACUUCCUAUCAAGAAGGGGGAAAGCCUUAUUCACUCUAGAGAUCUCAGUGAUUGUUCUUGGUCUCUGUACUUCACACCGUCCUAUUUCCUAUGCUCGGCCGAACCCACCAACCAGUAGUAUUGCCAGGAAGCUAAUGCGGUCAUCUUCAUGCUCACCGGGAAGAGAUGCGAAACCACCAUACGCAGAUGUUCAUCAUGAUGCUGAUGACCUAUGGGCUCAUGUGUCCAAACCCUGUGCUUUGCUUCUCUCAAAUUUAGAUCCUAAACAGCACCACGUCCGAUUUCUCUCUUGCUCUCUCCUCCACUAUCUCGCUCACCGGCAUCGUCAUGCGGCCCUCACUCUUUUCGACCCCCACAUUCGUUUUUACGCUCGUUUCCCUCUCCACGCUCACUUUUGCAGAUGAUAGCAAUGGCCGCAUAACCGAUACUCGACCGUCUUCAGCCAUACCUAUACCCACAGACUCUUGGAGACAGACCCCAACGUCGCCCACACAGACGCUGGCUAAACGCUCCUCUCCAUCACUCCGCUCUCUAGCGCCCAUCAUCGGCGGUGCAGCCGGAGCCGGACUCGUCCUCAUUGCCCUCCUGCUCCUCGCCGUCUGCUACUUCCGAAAACACCGCCAUCGGCGCGGCCGUGUCUUCCGCGUCGAGCCCUUCAAAGUCGAACAGCUCUCCCUCGACGCCGAGAUGGGCACCGCCACACCGAGCACGCCGGGGAAGUGGCAGCUCGUCUCGCGCGUCAUGGACGGCGGCGGCGGCGGCAGCAACACCAGCAACGGCGGCAGCAGCGGCGGCCCUUCAUCCUACCCGUCCUCCUCAUCGCCCGGCUUCCCAUCCGACGUACACUGCACAUUCGCCCCAGAUACACAAACGCAACCGCACCGGCACCCGCAAAGCCAGACUCGACCCGAGCUCGUCGUCCGCAUCGAGCCGCGCUCGCACGAACACACGCCCUCGCCCUCCCCGAUCCCGCGCUCCGCGCUGAGCAACCCGGACAGCGUGCAGCCCGGCUCCAUCGCGUCCGACGCGUCUCUGAGCGACGACGAGGUGCGCCUCGUGAAGAGCCUCUAUCUGUGCGGCGUCGAGCCGGGCGUCGUCGCGCAGGUCAUCCGGAGCAUGCUCGACGGCAAGGCGCGCAGCGUCACAGCGCACGCCCACCCACACACCCAAGGCCAGGGACACGGGCACGGGCAGGGUCAUGGGCAGGGUCACGACGUGGGUGUAGCGAUCGGCUCGCUCGAGGACGUGCAGCACCGCGACGGCCCGCUGCGGUUCGCAACGCCAUGCGAGCUCGAGGACGCUGGAGUCGCUGUCCCGGGCCCGGGAGCAACAGCAAUAGCAAGAGCGGGUCCAGACAGCCAAAUGCACUUCCUGGACCUGGACCCCGCCCUCGACCCGAACGCGAACGUGGACGCGGUGUGGAAGGCCAAGGAGCGCGAGGCGGAGCUCCAGCGCAUGGGGUCGAUGACGACGCAGAAGAGCGCCGCGCCGUCGUAUACCACUAACCCCCAGGUCUGAGGCUAAGGGUGGCUGUAUGAUGGAGUAUACCACAGUCGAUUAAGUUAUGCACGUUCUCCUUUUUCUGGUGGCUCACCAGGGCCGAUGUACUUACUACGAUGUAUGUACGAACUUUUUGUCGGGACUUGUUCCAUUUCGAUCAAUUAUGUUUGCGAUUAUGCC